UGGGCGUGUGGUUGCUGUUCUUCUUUUGUGAUUCCUGCCAAAUCACAUUGUCACCUUCAACCUCUGUAGACAACACUGAAAUCCUCAUCCAAACAAAGACAAUUUCAAAAAAUUAGGAUAAAAUCAGCAGCAUAAGAUUAAGAUGAUAAUAUUGAGGAUGAAAAUGACAUCCAUUUCACGAUUCUCACCCCCAAUUCGUCCUAAACCUCACCCACACCAUUUUAAUCCACACUAUCUUUCUCUCUCCUCUUAUGCCCACCAAAAAUUCAACCAAUCUUUCACUAAUUUCAACUUCAGAAUCACGAAUUACUGAAGAAAUUAAAAUACCCGCAAUUUUUCUUUUGUUCUUCCCAGAUCAUUUGAAUAAAGCAAAACAGAAAAAAAGAUUCAGUUAUUUUUGAUGCUGGUUUUGUGGGGUUUCCUCAGUAGGUGCGGAAAUUGAAAUGAACCACUCUCCAGCAGCAACAAGUACAGCGCCUUCUUUCCAAUUUUACCCUCAUGGGCACUUCAAAUUUGCCGAAUUUAGGCAUGCCCAGAAGCUGUUUGCUGGUUCUCACGGGUUAGUGUUGCAGAGAAAGGAGCUCAAUCGCCUCAAAUUUGUGGUUGCUUCUGAGCUUCCGAGGCCUUUCACGCUGAAUUUUGGUUUGGAUUCUCAGACUUAUCAACCUCAUGAUGUGAGUCAACUGCGUUGGAUUGGUCCUGUUCCUGGAGAUAUUGCAGAGGUGGAGGCUUACUGCAGAAUAUUUAGGGCUGCAGAAGUUCUACACACUACAUUGAUGAGCAUGUUAUGCGAUCCUCUCACUGGUGUCUGUACCGUAUCGUAUGAUUACUCCUCAGAGGUGUUGGAAGACAAGAUAGUGACGGUGCUUGGAUGGAUGAUCUCACUCUUGAAUAAAGGUAGACAAGAUGUUCUUUCUGGAAGGUCAUCACUUAUGACAUCCUUUCGUGUUGAAGAGAUAAAUACUAUGGAGGACAAACUUCCACCACUUGCAACUUUUAGGGGUGAAAUCAAGAGAUGCUGUGAAAGCUUGCAUGUUGCUUUGGAGAAUUAUCUGGAACCUGGAGAUGAUAAACAUCUUGAUGUAUGGAGGAAACUUCAACGCCUAAAAAAUGUAUGCUAUGAUUUGGGUUUCCAACGUGGGCAAGAAUCACCCAGUCAUAUGUUGUUACCCAAUUGGGUACCAGUAUCUAUGUCUACUAGUAAAGAUGACAUAACACCUACAGAUUCUGACGUGGCUUUCUGGAGAGGUGGUCAGGUGACGGAAGAAGGUUUAAAGUGGUUGAUAGACAAAGGAUUCCGCACCAUUGUUGAUCUUAGAGCUGAGGUUGUGAAAGACAAUUUCUAUCAAGCUGCAAUAGAUGAGGCUGUUGGAUCUGGGAAGGUUGAGCUGUUGAAGUUGCCGGUUGAGAUUGGAACUGCACCUUCAAUGGAGCAGAUUGAAAAAAUCGCAUCUUUGGUAUCUGAUCCUACAAGGAGGCCCCUAUAUCUUCAUAGUAAAGAAGGUGUGUGGAGGACAUCAGGUGUGGUUUCAAGAUGGAGGCAGUAUAUGGCCCGCUAUGAGGUUGUUUCCAGUAGUCCAAUUCCUGUUAAUGGAACCUUAUUGCAAGAAACCGAUGGACUGUCUUCAAUCGAUGCACUUUCAAGUGUAAAUACAGAGAAACAUUUGAAGGAUGGGAAUUCUCUGCUGCCUAAUGGGGUGUUGCAUAAUGAAGAUUUUGUAGUUUCUGAAAAAAAUGUUCAGCAAACCAAGGGGGGCAGCAAUGAUGACACCACUAACAGUGAUUGUGUGCCAUCGACUGAAGUAAAUUCAAGUAUGUUAGAGUCUUUUACUGGUGCGAAUAUUAACCCUUUCAAGUCACAGCUUCCCCCAAACAAUGUCUUGUCUAGAAAAGAAAUGUCCAAAUAUUUUGGAAUCAGAAAGAUCUCCCCUUCCACUUUUGCUAGUUCUCGACGGAGGAAGCCAGAGUUGCUUCCUUCUCCGAAAGAAACACGUACAAGUAGCAGUGAGAAAAUGGAGCAAGUUAGAAAGGAGUCUCAGAGGUCAAAUGUGUCAUCGGGUGGCAAGGAUCCCCCUUUGAGUGAUCAACAGAUAGCCACAGGCAACAGUAAUGCCCUAGCUAACACCAAUUACACCACUAGUGGUACAAUUGUUAAUGGAGCUAGGCCUCCUUUUGUGAGUAAUGUUGGUUUAGCUAGUGUAACAAAUAAAAAGUUGGACAAGGACACAUCUAAAGCUAUUAAGCCUGGUCAGAAGAAUAACGGUCAUUUCUCUGUAGUUCCAGGAGAUAAGGGUGUUGAGGUAAUUGAGGGAAACAUGUGUGCUUCAGCAACUGGUGUUGUAAGGAUACAGUCAAGAAAAAAAGCUGAGAUGUUCCUUGUACGCACGGAUGGAUUCUCUUGUACAAGAGAAAAGGUGACAGAAUCCUCACUUGCAUUUACUCACCCAAGUACACAGCAGCAGAUGCUUAUGUGGAAAUCUACACCUAAGACCGUCUUAUUACUGAAGAAACUUGGGCCAGAACUUAUGGAACAGGCUAAAGAGGUUGCUUCGUUCAUGUAUCAUCAAGAAAAAAUGAACGUUCUUGUUGAGCCAGAUGUGCAUGAUAUAUUUGCAAGAAUACCCGGGUUUGGUUUUGUUCAAACGUUUUAUGGCCAAGAUAGCAGUGAUCUCCAUGAAAAGGUUGAUUUUGUUGCUUGUCUUGGAGGUGAUGGGGUGAUUCUCCAUGCAUCAAAUAUAUUUAGAGGUGCCGUGCCUCCAGUGGUGUCAUUUAACCUUGGAUCUCUUGGCUUUCUCACUUCUCAUAGUUUUGACGACUAUAAACAAGACCUAAGACAAGUUAUUCAUGGAAACAAUACUACAGAUGGUGUUUAUAUAACACUGAGGAUGCGACUUCGAUGUGAGGUUUUUCGGAAUGGCAAGGCAAUGCCUGGUAAAAUCUUUGAUGUGUUAAAUGAGGUCGUGGUUGAUCGCGGUUCCAAUCCUUAUCUGUCGAAAAUUGAGUGUUAUGAGCAUGAUCGACUCAUAACCAAGGUCCAAGGUGAUGGUAUCAUUGUUGCAACACCUACUGGAAGCACAGCAUAUUCAACAGCUGCAGGAGGUUCCAUGGUUCAUCCAAAUGUUCCCUGCAUGUUGUUUACCCCUAUUUGCCCACACUCUCUUUCAUUUAGGCCGGUGAUACUCCCAGAUUCUGCGCGGCUGGAAUUGAAGGUUCCUGACGACGCAAGAAGCAAUGCUUGGGUAUCCUUUGAUGGUAAAAGAAGGCAACAACUUUCUCGAGGAGACUCGGUGCGAAUAUCAAUGAGUCAACAUCCGCUCCCAACAGUCAACAAGGCAGAUCAAACUGGCGAUUGGUUCCACAGUUUGAUUCGUUGUCUAAACUGGAACGAGAGGCAAGAUCAGAAGGCCCUUUGAAGCAGUCUCCAAAAUUUUGUGGUGACUUGACACAGGUUCAUGUAAAUUGCUGUACAUACCCUUUUAAUCUUUUAUUAAAUUAUAGUCUGCAAAUAUCAUAAUUAUAGGGUUUAACAAUACCAUUCAUUCCCUACUUUGGCAUCCAACGUAAAGUUACUGGAAGCCAUGUCAUUUAUUUUCUCCAUUAUUUUCUGAAAGUUCAUACUGUAUACUGUAUCAGUUCAUAUAUAAUAAAAGAACUCAAAGAGUUAGCAUUCA